AUGACAAGAUUAACUGAGAGUGAUUUAUUGCGUCUACUUGAAGAAAUGAAAACAAAAUAUGAAGAACUUUCAAGAGCUAAAAAAGAAAUUGAAGACAACAGUAUUGUUAAUGAUUUAAAAACAAAAGUAAAAAGUUUACUUAUGAUUAUUAGUUAUUUAGAAAAGAAUCAAAACAAUGGAAAAGAUGAAAAUUAUAAAAGAAUAAAAGAGUUGGAAGAAGAAAAUCAAAAGCUUAAGAAUCAAAUUGCAAGUUCUACAGUACAAAUAAAUUUAGUUAAAACAAUGAAAAAUCUUGAAGAACUACAAGAAGAUUAUAAUACCCUUGUUGAAUUAAAUGAAGAAAUGGAAGAAGAAAAUAAACAAUUAAAAGAAGAAAAUAAAGAACUUAAAGAACAACUUAAUAAAUACAUAGACCAACAAGAUGAUGUUGAAGAAUUAAAGAGAUUAAUUGAGGUAUCAACAAACAAUUAUAAUGAAACACAUCAAUUAUUAAUAAAUCUACAAAAAGAAAAUGAUAAUACUCAAUCUGAAGAUUUAAUGAUAAUCCAAAAGAGAACAGAAAUGAUUAUUCAUAAUCAAAAUGAAAGAAAUAAUGUAUUCUUUAAGUGGAGUUGUUUAGACUAUAAUUACAAUCAUCAACCAAUAUCUAAAACUGGAAUAACUAAUACAUUGAAAUAUACAAUUAAAGACCAAUAUGGUGGAUGGACAAUUUCUUUUGAAUAUAUUCAAUCACUUGGUAAUAUUAUUGCAAUAUAUUCCAAUUCAUGUUUAAUUUUUCAACGACCAUAUUUAUGUGGUUUAUAUAAUGAAUCAACAACUUUAUGGGUUCAAGAUAAAGGGAUAUAUUGUAUUGUUACAAUAAAUGAUAUAAAUGAAGUAACUUCAUAUACUCCAUUGAUUCUUUAA